GCCAACGGGGAUGGAUGACUGGAUUGGUGGAUGCCGUCAGUAUAAAUCGUCGGGCUACUCUCUUACUGGCAAAACUUCUUGCAAGCUCCUGCCUGCUGUGGAAAAUCAUAUCCAACUUUUUGGGGGGCACGGCUGUGAAGCACAAUGGCCAAGAAAUUGCUGACGUUUGACCAUCGUCCAGCUGAACGGAGUCAUGUCAUGCACGAUCACAUCAGAUCAGAAUCAUGAACCACCCCAAAGGCAUCCUAAUUAUGCCCAAAUUUGUCCGAUUUGACAUGUGGUCUACUCUGUCUUUGAUGGGCUUCCUGGCUGUUCUCAUGGUUUUUGGGCUCCGUGCGUCCCUCAGACGAGAGGGGCUCCCUGCCGCCUCUCGAAAGAGCGCGCCCGGCAGCGAUGGCUUGGACACGAAGACCGGCGCCGAUGGGAAUGGCUAAUCGCAGGAGGGCCGUUCUGGUGCUAUUCUCCAGCACGGCUUGCUGGUUCCUCGGAAGAGGAUUUGUGCCACCAGCCGGAUUAACACCGACCGUUGUCACUCCCACGUCGUGGGCUCCCAUUGCUGCCUCGACUGCGCUUUUGGCCCCAGCUGCAGCACAAGCAGAGUUGGCCGUAGACAAUACCAUCAACCCAACUGAUGCCAUCGUCCAGGCAUUUGCUUUGACCUUUGUGUCAGAGAUCGGAGACAAGACCUUCUUCAUUGCUGCCAUUUUGGCAGCGGGAAGCAGCGCAGCUUCUGAAGGGCUUAGUCAAAAGGUGCUGACCUUCAUUGGUGCCAUUGCGGCCCUGGCAGUGAUGACCUUCAUUGCCGUGAGCAUCGGUCAGAUCUUUCAUGCAGUGCCAGAUGCUGCAGGAGGUCUUCCUAUUGAUGACUAUGCGUCCAUCCUGGCGUUUGGUUACUUCGGCGUGAAGUUGCUCCUAGACGCCUCGACCAUGCCGGACGACGGUAGUAUUCUGGCAGAGGAAAAGGAAGAGGCUGAAGAAGCAGUGAAUAGCUCUUUGCCAGAGUGGGUGACCAAGCUAGCUAUACCUGCAGUGGUCACUCAGGCCUUUUUGUUGGUCUUCGCCGCCGAAGUCGGAGAUCGCUCCUUCAUCUCCGCCGCGGCGUUGAGCGCCCAGGGCGGCCCCGAGGGCGGCGUGGCCGUCUUCAUCGGAGCCAUUGCCGCGCAUAGCAUCGCCACGCUGCUGGCUGUGGCUUUGGGCGAUCUCAUCAGCACUUACGUAUCAGAAAAGACGCUCACCUAUAUUGGCGGUGGCCUAUUCCUCCUUUUCGCUGCGACCUCGACGGCAAACGUGGUGAAUUCGAUGGCCUAGCUUGACCAAGGGCGGGAAACAAUCUGAUGAGAAUGAGAAGCAUGAAUGAAUCUGAAAAUGCUCAUGCAAUACUAUAGAAUCUGCACAUGAGCAUGCACUCAAGAAGGC